UUUUAAAUGAAGGAUCAUUUUCCGGCAAAAACUGAUCCAAAAUCUCGCGAGAAACAAGCGCCUUCCUCUUUGCACGGAACCUACUUCCAAGAUGUCUCUGGUCAUCCCUGAGAAGUUCCAGCACAUUCUUCGUGUUCUCAACACGAACAUUGAUGGUAGGAGGAAGAUUGCCUUCGCCAUCACUGCCAUCAAGGGUGUUGGCAGACGUUAUGCCCAUGUAGUCCUGAGGAAGGCCGACAUUGACCUCAACAAAAGGGCUGGAGAGCUGACUGAGGAGGAGGUGGAGCGGGUGGUGACCAUCAUGCAGAACCCUCGCCAGUACAAAAUCCCAGACUGGUUCCUGAACAGGCAGAAGGACGUCAAGGAUGGCAAAUACAGCCAGGUCCUUGCCAACGGUCUAGACAACAAACUGAGAGAAGACCUGGAGAGGCUGAAGAAGAUCAGGGCUCACCGUGGUCUCAGACACUUCUGGGGGCUGCGUGUGCGCGGUCAGCACACCAAGACCACCGGCCGUCGCGGUCGCACCGUCGGCGUGUCCAAGAAGAAGUAAACUCCCCCCAGGCCUUGUUUUGUUUCAAUAAAACACAAUUAAAAACC